GGGAUGGGAGAAACCAUAUCAUCAAAUACGUACUUCUACUGCAACCCAAUCAACAUACAUACAAAGCAUCCAAUCCCAAUUCUCACAUACAUACUACUCCUAUAAUAAACAGCCUGCCUAGCUACAAUGAUGUCCUCAUCGUCACCAUCGUCAAACGUGGUCGCCGCCGCCGCCGUGGGAUCAUCAUCGUCCCAAGGAGGAGGAGCUGCUGCUGCUGCUGCUGCUAAUGAUGUGACCUUUAAGGCGGAUGUUGUGGUGUCACCAAAUCCCUCCAUAGCCGAAGCUCUGGCGACAGCCCCGCCGCCGCCCGCUCCAUUCGGGAUUCACGUCAUGGCCGGGACGUACGAAGAGUACGUCACCAUCAGCAGGAGCAACGUCACCUUGUUCGGAGAUGGCAUCGGGAACACCAUCAUCACCGGAAAGCGCAAUCGUGCUGACGGCCCCACCACCUCUGACACCGCCACCCUCAUUGUGGAGGGAGUAGAGUUCAUCGGUGCAUAUAUGACGGUGCGGAACACGGCGGGCAUGCAGAAGGAGCAGGCGGUGGCGAUGAGGGCGAGCGCCAACCACGUCGCCUUCUACAAGUGCAGCUUCGAAGGGUACCAAGACACGCUCUACCCAGAAAAGGGGAACCAGUUCUACAAGGAGUGCCAGAUCUACGGCACCAUCGACUUCAUCUUCUCCCAGAGCGGCAGAGUGGUCCUCCAAGACUGCGGCAUCCACGUCCGCGACCCCCGCCCCAAGACCACCAACACCAUCACGGCCGAUGGCAGGGAUGUGCCGGACGACAUCAGCGGAGGCGGGAUAUGCAUCCACCGUUGCCAGAUCUCGGCCACGCCGGAGCUCCUCCGGGCGAUGGCGGAGGAGGAGGCGGCCCAUGGGAGCAUAGAGUCGUACUUGGGACGCCCGUGGAAGAAGUACGCCCGCACCGUCAUCAUGAGGACUAACAUUGAAGGCGGCUUCCUGAACCCCGCUGGAUGGACGAAGUGGCCCGGUGCCCCAGACGAUACGUAUAACACGGUCUACUACGCCGAGUACCAAAACUCCGGGGACGGGGCGGCCACCGACGGACGGGUCCCCUGGAAAGGCUACAUUAGGGAUGGCUUUGACCCUUCAAAGUUCACCGUCGCCGCAUUCAUCGACGGCAACUCCUGGCUGCCCAAAACCGGUAUUCCCUUCACUCCAGGCCUGCAGGAUGAUGAUGAACCUGCUGCUGCACCCCAUCCAUCUGAUUCUGAUCCUCUGUCCAUCCAUGAUCCAUAAGCCCAGCCCGGCCCGGCCCUGCUUUUAUUUAUUUAUUUACUCCGUAUUUAUUAGUCGCAAUUAAAACAGCUAGCGUAUC